CGGUGAAUAAUAGCUCUUCAAGUCUGCAAUAAAAAAUGGCCUCCAAUAAAACCACAUUGCAAAAAAUGGGAAAGAAACAGAAUGGGAAGAGUAAAAAAGUUGAAGAGGCAGAACCUGAAGAAUUUGUAGUAGAAAAAGUACUGGACAGACGUGUAGUGAAUGGGAAGGUGGAGUAUUUCCUGAAGUGGAAGGGAUUUACAGAUGCAGACAAUACUUGGGAACCUGAAGAAAAUUUAGAUUGUCCAGAAUUAAUUGAAGCAUUUCUUAAUUCUCAAAAAGCUGGUAAAGAAAAAGAUGGAACAAAAAGAAAAUCUUUAUCUGACAGUGAAUCUGAUGAUAGCAAAUCAAAGAAGAAAAGAGAUGCUGCUGAUAAACCAAGAGGUUUUGCCAGAGGUCUUGAUCCAGAACGAAUCAUUGGUGCCACAGACAGCAGUGGAGAAUUGAUGUUUCUCAUGAAAUGGAAGGAUUCAGAUGAGGCAGACUUGGUGCUGGCAAAGGAGGCAAAUAUGAAGUGUCCUCAAAUUGUAAUUGCUUUUUAUGAAGAGAGACUAACUUGGCAUUCUUGUCCAGAAGAUGAAGCUCAAUAAUUGUUUGCGUUGCUUUUUAUAUAUAUUUAUAUAUAUAUAUAAAAUCUGUGUCUUGGUUUUUUGAUUUAUUAGUGUGAAGAAAUAACUACAUUCUAAUGAAAAUCAAGUUUGGUAUGUUCUUUUGAAGUAGUAUUGGGGAAGUUGUUGGGGUUUUGUUUUGUUUUUUUGCAUCUGUAGCACUGGUUACUUUGAACAAAUAAAAGCUUUCUGUAGUUGCUUCCUUUAGCAGAAAAGAACAUUUGAUACCACGGUAUGUUAUUUCCUCUGCAUUAGAGAACAGCUUUUCUAAAUGUUGGGGGAAGUCUCCAUAGUCAUUACUCAGUCAGAAUUUAGAAUUUGCAUUUAACUCAUAUAUGCCUAAGGACCAUUCUGGGUUUUUUGAAUGUGUAUACAUAAAAUAUAUAUGUAAAUGGUUUGGGGUUUUUUGUUGUUUAAAUACAUUUACCAAAACAAAAACAGCUUUUCACAACCAUGAAUAAGCCCAUGUUUCUGGGAUUCCAUCAUUUUGAGCAGUAUAAGAAAUCACUUCAACUUAAAAUGAAAAAUUUAAGUCUUAACCUUUCAAAUUAAAUAAUUUUGUAAUUAAGUAGACAAAUUAAUGUAAACAAUUUAAAUUGGGUAAUUUUUUAAAGCAGUCCUAUCAGAAUCUGCAUUAAUAUCUACAGUCAUAUAAAUGUACUUUUAUAUGCAAAACCCCUAAAAGGAAAAUUUUAUCACUAUCAACAACCUCCCCACCCAAAUGAGAAAACUAGCAAAUAUCUGAUAUGUUUUAAUUAGCCAAGCAAGACUUAGUUAACCGGACAUUUAAAGGUUCCUUUUGGUGAAUCGUUUUAUAAGAAGUUGAAAUCCCUAUGCUAUAUUUACUGAAAGGCUGUGAUACAUGUAAUGUCUCAGACUUGUUCAUGGAAACCAAAUCAGAUGGUUAGAGAGGUUGGCAAUACAGGAUCUGCAGGAAUAAAUGAGUAAACACACUUUUCUAAUCUAAACUUGAUCUGCAUGUUUUUCUCAAACUUUACCCCAACCCAUUUCUUACGUGUACGCUCAGUCUUCUCAGUAUUUGGGGUUACUGGUUCAGCAGAAGCCAGGAAAAACAAUAACUUUGUAGUAAUCAGAAUGUUAUUCAACUGUAUAUUGUUUACUUUAUUGUAAAUACUGGUGAACAG